AUGUAGAAACCAAUGAAAGAAUAAUACAUGAUUUUGACAAAAAAAAAUUAAAAUCAAGGAUCCAAUAAUACAUGAUUUUGCUGUGGAUUUCUAAAUCUAUUAUGAACCAUUAAACCCCUCCCCUUAGAAUUCAUAGAUGAGCUUUCAGACUAAUACAAUUGGGCCUUUUAUAUAUAUUUUUGGGCUUAAUUAUGUUUAGUAUCUGUGAUAUUAGGGCUAGUGUGACUGUGACCUAAGGUAAAGUAUAUAUAUGUGAUUAUGUGUGUAUAGCCCUUUAUAUCAACACACAAAAUUUCUAGAACUUUUGUGCAAUUCUGACAAAGACAUCAAACAAAAACAAACAUGACUAAAGCACAAAUAUGUUUUUCUUUCAUCAUCUUGUUAUACAUCUCAUCAGUAGGAAAUUUCAUGAGAGUCAAUGCACAGGCACCGGGCCAAGGGAGUUGGUGUGUGGCUAAGCCUGGCACGCCGAUCGAACAACUUGUAAAGAACUUAAACUACGUGUGUUCGAAUUCAGGAAUUCAUUGUGAGGUUGUGUCGAAAGGAGGUACAUGUUAUGAUCCAAUUAAUCUCUAUAAUUCAGCUUCUGUCGCCAUGAAUCUUUAUUACCAAAAUCAAGGAAGACACUAUUCAAAAUGCGAUUUCGAAGGCUCUGGUAUAAUUACCGUAACUGAUCCUAGUUGUGGAUGUUGCAUAUAUGAAUUUUAUAAGUAAAGCAUAGAAAGCUUCGCCAAUGUAUUUGUUACAAAAUCAAAUAAUUCUGAUAGUUCAUAUUUGAUAUCUAAGAUUUGAAUAAUUAAUGGUUCAAUUUUCCCUUAUAUAUAUUAGUGUUUGAAA